UCACACCCAAUCUGCAUCCACCGAGGAAGAGUGCUUGCUUUUAAAAAUAUUGGCGCUUGUCUCAUCAACGCCAGCUCUUUUUCAAGCUCCAUGUACUACUUCAUUGUGAGAUGCAAGUGUUGUGGGGAUCUUCUGAAAAUAUAGCAAACGUGACGAAAUUAAAGUGUCCUCUUAUAAACAAUAGUAUCGCUUUGAGGAAACACAAUGGAAAGUAAUGUAUGCAGCCACGUGAAGGUGGUCGUUCGGGUGAGGCCAACCAACAGUAACGAAAAGAGCGACAAUUAUCACAAUGUGGUGCAGGUUGUUGACAAACACAUGUUAAUAUUUGAUCCAAAAGAAGAGGACUUCUCCUGUUUUGGUUCCCGAAGAGUUAGAAAUAGAAACAUCAACAAGAGGCCCAAGAAAGACCUUAAAUUUGUUUUUGACCAAGUCUUUGGAGAGAAUUCAACUCAAGACGAAAUAUUUGAGAAUGCCAUGAAAGGAGUGUUGGAUAGCAUUAUGAAUGGUUUUAACUGCACAGUUUUUGCCUAUGGCGCAACUGGAGCAGGCAAAACGCAUACCAUGUUAGGAACACCAGAUGAACCGGGAGUCAUGUACCGCACCAUGGAAGACCUUUUUAAACGCAUGGACGAUGCCAAGGAAGAGAAAGAGUUUUCUGUUACGGUCUCCUAUCUUGAGGUUUACAAUGAACAAAUCAGGGAUUUACUGGCUAAUGCAGGUCCUCUUGCAGUAAGAGAGGACCGUGGUAAAGGAGUUGUGGUUCAGGGCCUGACGCUGCACAAGCCAAAAUCUGCCGAGAGCAUUCUCCAGGCUUUGGAUUUUGGCAAUCGAAACAGGACGCAACACCCUACUGAUAUGAAUGCUACUUCCUCCAGAUCCCAUGCCGUAUUCCAGAUAUAUUUGCGACAGCAGGACAAGGCUGCGAGCCUUAAUCCUAAUGUAUGUGUUGCCAAAAUGAGCCUAAUUGACCUGGCAGGCUCCGAAAGAGCCAGUGCUGCCAAUACCAAAGGGCAGCGCUUGCGUGAAGGUGCGAACAUCAACCGCUCACUCCUCGCCCUGGGAAAUGUUAUAAAUGCUCUCGCUAAUCCCAAGAGCAAGAAGGCUCAUAUACCAUACAGGGACAGCAAACUUACUCGGAUACUCAAGGACUCUUUGGGAGGCAACUGCAGUACUGUCAUGAUAGCCAACAUCAGCCCUUCAUCCAAGUCAUAUGAUGACACACAAAACACUCUGAAAUAUGCUAACAGGGCCAAGGAAAUCAAAUCUUCGCUGAAAAGUAAUGUUAUAAGCCUGGACAGUCACAUUGGUCAGUAUGCAGUCAUUUGUGAAAAGCAACGACUGGAGAUUGUACAGUUGAAGCAAAAAUUGAAAGAGUAUGAAGGCAAAGAUCUGAUGGAUAAAAUAUCUACGGAGAAGCAAGCAGACAUCAAAAGGGUGUCAGAAUCUCUGCAGCAAGUCUUCUCCAACCGUGGCCAAAUCAGGAGAGAACAGCUGGAUCUGGAGAGACAACUGAAGGAGAAUGAGCUGCGCCAGCGCUACAGCGAAGAGGACAACCUGCAGAUCCAAUACAUCUCUGCCAACGAUAAGACUGAGAAGGCUACUUGUAAACAUGAGCGGAGGUUGGGGAUCCUGCGCUCUGAGCAGGAGCGCAUUUGUAAAAAACUGAAAGAGGCCGAAAUUAAUUUUCAGAAAAAUGAUGGCUGGCUUCACCGUGUCGAGAAUGAAGUGAAAUCGUUCAAGUCAAAUAAUCAGAUUUCUGAGAUAUUAGAAAAAGACGUACGUUGCCACCGACUGGAGCUACAGGUGAAUGAUCUUAAACAACACAUCAAACAGAUGGUCAAAAUUGCUGCACUUCAGGAUCAAGAGAACAAACGCAUGCAAAAAAUGGUGAAUCUGUUAUUGCCCGCUUAUGGUCAAUUCUACUCUGCCAUGUAUGACUCUGGGCUUGUUACAGCCCAAGAUGAGUUGAAAAACCAAGAACUUGUGCAAAUUCUGCUAAGAGAGAGAAGUGUGGCUUGGGCGGACCAGGUAGGAGCCAACCAAGAUGUACAAUGUGGAAAAAGCUCACAGGAGAGCAAGGAUUUUGGUGGUGAAAUUGCACCUUUCCUGGCCUUCUCAAAACUGCUUUACUUUCAGAGCAGCCCAUGUAGUGCAGAGGGGCGGGCAAAGUCACUGAUCAAAAAUGCUCCAUUGUCCAAAGGCAGCAGAAGUCAUCCAAACCUACAGCAAGACAUACUUCCCCGACGGCCCGUUAGAAGAAAUCUCGCUGUGUUGCUGCCACAACAAAGCCCAAAGACUUUUUCCCACGAGUUUGAGGAGGGUACCUUUCCUCUCCAGUGCACACCAGAGCCUGCUCAAAAAGAUGUUAAGUUUAGUUUGUCCACCCGCAUGGAUCCCAAUGUGACCCUUGAAGUUCAACAUGAAGACAAUGCAACGAUCAUAAUAAGCGAUGACGACCCCUCGCAGGAAAUGAAGUCACAGGGUUAUUCAACUCAAACCCCACUAAUCAAUCCUGUCAACAAAGCCCAGCUGAUUCCUAACAAACGACAUCAGCUCUCCUUACAAGAAAAAAGACGUGCCAACCCAGCUUACAUGGGCAUGACGUCUGCUGCGCAAGGAAAGCGUAAACAUAUCAGGGAGAAUGAUGAAAACCUGUCCGCACCAAAGCGUGUGAAGAAAGCCCUCUCCACCAGACCAAAGAGGGCACCACCCCCUAAUUUUUCUGGUUCGGUUGAGGACAAACCUCAGAGAGCUGUCAGGAGCAUUUCUGAAGGAAAUCCGAACUUCUUAAUACCGUCCAAACGUUCUGAAGGAAAUCUGAACGCCUUUAUACCGUCUAAACCUAAGUCACACCUGUUCAGUCAAGUGACCAAAUGGAUCUAAUUCCCUUUUCUGUGUUUUGAUUUCUUUGUGAAACAAUUUUAACUAGCAUUUUAGGCUCUAUGAGCUUUUGUUUUAAUACUUGACUUUAAAUAACCACUGAACACACACUCAAGAUAAUCUGAUUGUUAAGCCGUGUUCAUUGGAUGAGAGGUAACAAUGGUACAACAUAAUCCAUUUUCUACUGAUGUGAAUUGCACCUAAACUUAUUAUUAAAGUAUUCAUUGACUGACAGCCUCCCAAACACUCCUGGUGUCCUCUUAUGACAUAUUAUUUGUGUUAAAGAUUUUAAACCCACUUGAGAUAAGUCAGAUGGACUUCUGGGGACCUUGAAAUUGUUCUUUCCAAAAUGUUUAUUACUAAACUGCUGCAUCUCUGUCCAAGCCUACUGCUUGCUCACCUUUUUAACAAAGAUGUUUUGCCAAUGUGCCAAAAUGCAUCUAAGGAAGACAUUUGGGUGUCAUUGUAAAUAGUUGUACAUUUUACUUUCAUGAAACAGUCAGCACUAAGGUGUUACUGUUAAAAUUACUUCAUCAUUGUUUGCCAAAUGGCAGAAGUUGAAUUCGUUCAAAAUAAAAUUUAAGCUUUUAAGUAAA